AUGCACUCGUCUUCCUAUCAGAAUUCAAGACCGACAGAAUCUUUUUGUUUUUGUUUUGAAAAUAGUCUGGGAUGCGCUAUACGUUUGUAUUUCAAUUCAAUGUCGUCGGACAUGCCCGUGAUCGUGGUUCCUAGUGUAGUUUUAGGUUACUUCACGCGUAACUCCCUCCGCUCACUCGACAGAAUUACUUAG